CUUUCAUUGGCAGCUGAGGUUUUCCAGUCUAGCUAGCUAGCGUUAGCCAAGAGGCAGGCAGGGGACAGCUGUGUCUGAGGCAUCUUCAAAAUGUCGGGUUACCAAGGAAAGAAGAACAUUCCACGAAUUACAAGUGACCGUCUCCUCAUCAAAGGAGCAAAGAUAGUGAACGAUGAUCAGUCAUUCUUGGCUGAUAUCUACAUGGAGGAUGGAGUCAUCAAGCAAAUUGGAGACAACCUCAUCGUUCCUGGUGGAGUUAAGAUCAUAGAGGCUCAUGGGAGGAUGGUGAUGCCUGGGGGGAUUGACGUUCACACCCGAUUCCAGAUGCCUGACCGAGGCAUGGUGGCAGCUGAUGACUUCUACCAGGGCACCAGGGCGGCCCUGGCUGGGGGGACGACCAUGAUCAUUGACCACGUGGUGCCGGAGCCUGGCGCCAGCCUGGUUGCAGCUUUCAAACAGUGGAGGGAGUGGGCUGACGGCAAGUCGUGCUGCGACUAUUCUCUGCAUGUGGACAUCACCGAGUGGAACAAAGGCACUCAAGAAGAGAUGGAGACCCUAGUGAAGGAUCAUGGUGUCAACUCUUUCCUGGUCUAUUUGGCUUAUAAGGAUGUUUUCCAACUUUCUGACUCUCAGAUCUAUGAGGUGUUAAGUGUCAUCAGAGACCUUGGAGCCAUUGCACAGGUGCACGCUGAGAAUGGAGACAUCAUCGCAGAGGAGCAGAGACGUAUUCUAGAGCUGGGGAUCACCGGCCCUGAAGGUCAUGUGCUCAGCCGCCCAGAGGAGGUGGAGGCUGAGGCAGUCAACCGCUCUGUCACCAUAGCCAAUCAGACCAACUGCCCCCUUUAUAUCACCAAGGUGAUGAGCAAGAGUGCUGCUGAUGUCAUUGCCCUCGCCAGGAAGAGGGGCGCGGUGGUUUACGGGGAGCCCAUAUCCGCCAGCUUGGGCACAGACGGCACCCAUUACUGGAGCAAGAACUGGGCCAAGGCUGCAGCCUUUGUGACUUCUCCACCGCUCAGUCCUGAUCCCACCACCCCCGACUACCUCAGCUCUCUGUUGUCAUGCGGGGACUUGCAGGUGACUGGUAGUGCUCACUGCACUUUCCAGACUUCUCAGCGUGCAGUAGGAAAAGAUAACUUCUCCCUAAUCCCAGAGGGGACCAAUGGCACUGAGGAGAGGAUGUCUAUAAUCUGGGACAAAUGUGUGGUGACUGGCAAGAUGGACGAGAACCAGUUUGUGGCAGUGACCAGCACAAACGCAGCCAAGAUCUUCAACCUGUUCCCCCGCAAGGGCCGCAUCGCUGUGGGCUCCGAUGCCGACCUCGUGCUGUGGGACCCAGACAUGACUAAGAUCAUCACAGCCAAGAGCCACAACCUGGCUGUGGAGUAUAACAUCUUUGAGGGCACAGAAGUGCGUGGAGGUCCUGUGGUGGUGAUCAGCCAGGGGAAGAUCGUGUUGGAGGAGGGCAGCCUUCACACCACGGAGGGCUGUGGGCGCUACAUCAGCCGCAAACCCUUCUCUGACCACGUGUACAAGAGGAUAAAGGCUCGCAGCAGGCUCACAGAAUUGCGAGGAGUCCCCAGGGGCCAGUACGACGGGCCGGUGUGUGAGGUGACUGUGACUCCAAAGGUGUCCGCAGUGUCCUCAGUGAAGACUUCCCCUGCCAAGCAGCAGCAGCAGCAGCAGCAGCCACAGCAGGUUCCUCACCAGCCAGUGCGCAACCUUCACCAGUCUGGCUUCAGUCUGUCUGGGGCCCAGAUUGAUGACAACGUCCCUCGCCGCACCACUCAGCGCAUCGUGGCUCCCCCUGGUGGAAAAGCCAACAUCACCAGCCUCGGCUAAGCUCUGCUCUCCAACUGAGCCGGGGGUGCAGGCCAACACGGGACCAGGGGCCCUGAUCUCACUGCUGUCGCCAUCACAUCCAGUCACCUCUGUAUCCCGCUGCAUCCCACCCGAAAACACUCCAUUCACCCUCAUUCACACACUACCACCAUGUCACCUCAUGCAAAAAAAAAAGAAGAAGGCACUAUUCCAUUUUCUUUCAUCUCUCCU